AUGAUGCCAUGUUUUAAAUGUGGUCAUCCAGGACAUUUUGCUCGUGAAUGUAUGCAUUUUAUAGGAAAUCCUUCAACAAAUUUCGAUUCAUUUAUUGAUAUGCAUCAAAAUAAAGAUAUGUUGAUUAAUCAUAGUACUUUUGUCUAUAAUAAUAAUAAUAUUUCAAAUAAUGGUUCACAACGUUGUUAUCGUUGUAAUGAAUUUGGUCAUAUAGCACGUGAAUGUACUUCGAAUAAUGAUAUUCGUACAUGUUAUAAUUGUGGUCAAAAUGGACAUAUUCGUACUGAAUGUAUAGCACCAUUAAAUAUGAAUAAUAAUUUACAAACGAAUACUCAAUGUUAUCGUUGUGGUCAAUUGGGACAUUUUGCAAGAGAUUGUAUAAUAUCAAUAGAGAAUAAUGUUAUUCCUGUAUCUCAUAUAUCAAAUAAUGUUUUCAAUGAUCGAAUAUGUUUUAAUUGUUCACGUACUGGUCAUAUUGCUACAGCAUGUCCAGAAGGCCAUCGAACAGAUAUGCGUGAUAUGGUUUGUUAUUGUUGUAACCGUCCAGGUCAUUUAUCUAGAGAUUGUCCAGAUUCAAAUAUAAAAUGUUAUUCAUGUGGUUCAACAGGUCAUAUGGCACGUGAUUGUUUGAAUAAUCGUAUAUUUUCUUCCUCGUCGUUAUCUUUUCAAGCACGACAAACUAUGAUUCCACAAUAA